AAGGGGCUCCGUCUUCUAGCUAUUAAAUUCAACUCCAUUCAUCCCAAAUUAUUCAUUCUUCACAAACCCAACUUUCAAUUUUCAUAUCUCAGCAUUAUCAAUUCCAAUACCAAUAUGAAUAUAGCAAAAUCAAGCUCCAUCAACAAGCUUCGGCUGCUAAAUCACCAACUUAAGCAAUCAUCCAAUCAGCUCCUGCCACGUCAACUAUCUCCUUCCUUCACUACCACUCCCGUCCGCAAUUUUUUCAGUUCUAGCGACCCAUAUGCAAAGCAUUCUGUUCGUGUGCCGGUGAAUUGGGGGAUUCGUAUAGUGCCUGAGAAAAAGGCGUAUGUUGUUGAGCGGUUGGGGAAAUAUGAGAAAACAUUGACUCCUGGAAUUCACCUUUUGGUGCCUUACGUUGAUAAAAUUGCGUAUGCGCAUUCACUCAAGGAAGAGGCUAUUCCGAUACCUGAUCAGACUGCCAUUACCAAGGACAAUGUCAGCAUUUCGAUUGAUGGUGUUCUCUAUGUCAAGACUGUGGAUCCUAAAUUAGCGUCAUAUGGAGUUGAGAAUCCGUUGUAUGCCGUAAUUCAACUAGCACAGACAACUAUGAGGAGUGAACUUGGUAAGAUCACACUCGACAAGACCUUUGAAGAAAGAGACACUUUGAAUGACAAGAUAGUGAUGGCGAUUAAUGAUGCUGCAAAGGACUGGGGAUUGAAAUGUCUUCGUUAUGAAAUAAGGGAUAUAUCUCCUCCUACUGGAGUUAGGGCAGCUAUGGAAAUGCAAGCAGAAGCGGAACGUAAAAAAAGGGCUCAAGUUCUGGAGUCGGAAGGAGAGAGGCAGGCAAAUAUAAACAUCGCUGACGGAAGGAAGAGUUCAGUGAUCCUUGCCUCAGAAGCUGCAAAGAUGGACCAGGUCAACAGAGCACAAGGUGAAGCCGAAGCCAUUCUCUCUAGAGCCCAAGCUACAGCAAAAGGAAUUGCCUUGGUCUCACAAACCCUUAAAGAGCAUGGAGGUGCAGAGGCAGCAAGUUUGAGGAUUGCAGAGCAGUAUAUCCAAGCCUUCAGUAACAUUGCAAAGGAGGGCACAACACUGUUACUUCCUACAAAUGCUUCUGAUCCUGCCAGCAUGGUGGCUCAAGCUCUUAACAUAUACAAAAACUUAUCGAGCAAGAAUGCGGGCAGUAAUCAACAAUGAGCACUUUGUUACUGCUGACUCUACUGAUGAAGAUUACAAGAAGGAUGAUUGAGUGUUUUGUCAGACCCGUCUAUAGAGUAGAUCAAUUUUUGAAUUAGCCAUUCUGGAUUAUUUAGCUUUACGUAAAUCUAUAAUCUGAGUAGCUCUGGUCAAUGAUAGGAUGCCUGUUCUUUUGUU